GAAGACAGACGCUAAAGGAAUGGAGAAACUCACUCGGCUGGAAGCUCUGCUGCUUAGUGCUGUGCUGGAGAACUGUGCUGAUCAGCUCACAAUCCUUGGCUACAUCAUGCCAUUUUCACAUGAGGGCAAGACAGACACCAGCCAUAUCAACAGCCAGAAAAUGAAAGAAAUCACAGACACCCAGAAUGUGCUGAACCUUAAGUAUCAAGAGCUUAGCUCUGCAAGGCAAGGGAGGGGGGAAACUGUUACCUCGAAGUCUCUGAAAGGUGCUGAACAUAAGCAGCAGCUGGGGAACUGUGAGGAUCCAAAAAGAGCCCAUCAUCUUUCCACAAGGGCCAUGAAACGCAGUGCUCUGUCUGCAGAUAAUCUCAGAAAAAUUCAGGCUGACAGGCAGUAUGCGAGUGAUGUAAUUACAGCCACUAUGAAGAAGAUGGAGGAAUCAGGAACAUUUGAUAGCCUAAUAGAAGCUAAUGGGAGAGAGAAGGCAAAGAAAAGCAACUUGAAUGAUAUCCUCAUCAGGGAGGAGGAAGGAAAGAAAGAGAUCAAGUCACUCCAGAAACAGCUGCAAGAUGUCAAGAAAGAAACUGAAAUAGAACUUCAGAACCGAGAUAAAGUGAUUCUCUGCCUUAAAAAUGAGCUUCAACAGAUGGAAGCCAAAGCAGACAUGGAGCACCGCUACAUGAAGAAACGCACAGACCUCCAGGUGCACCAAGUCCAGAAGAAGUGCAGCAAUGCAGAGAACAGACUGAACAAGGAAAUUGAGGAUUUGAAGAGGAAAACAGAUGAGGAGAUCCGAGUGCACAUGGAGAUUGAAAAUUUCCUCAGGCAUUACUACAAGAAGGUGGAAGAGAAGCUGGAAUACUGGGUGGACAAGCAUGAAAAUGACACGGACGCUAAAGAUAAAGAACUCAACGCCCUAAAAGAAUCAAAGGCAAAGAACCUGGAAAUGCUGCAGAGAUUUGCCAGUGAGUGCUGGACGUUUGAGGAAGCCAUCAUCGCUGACCGGGCACAAAGAGAGGCUGAAAGACGAAAACGAGAACGGGAUGCCCUGGAGCUGAAGAGCAUCCUGAAGCUGCAGGCCUGGUGGAGAGGUACAAUGGUCCGCAGAAACCUCGGCCCCUAUCAGAACCUCCGGAAGGCUCAAGAGAAGAAUCUGUUAAAUGAGAAAGGCAAAAAGGAAAAACCUGGAGCAAAGAAAAAGACGCGCUAAGAAACGUGGCCACAGAUGUACUCCAGGGCCUCUGCAGGGUAAGGCACUGCUGUGUCCAGCAGCACAAAAUAAACCAUGGGAUAGAACCCAGGCUAUUCUGGAGAACAGAGUUCAUGAUGCACAGUUAAGGUGAAGCUCCUGUAACUUAAGACCCUGAACGAUCUUUGUUCAGCAAAAACACCGUUCCCUCAGUAGAAACGGAAACUGCAUUAAAGCAAUGAGAAACAUGAUAUCCUCUGAAGUAUUUUAUACAGCUAAUGAGUAAUUCUGCUAACGGCUCAGUAACUCACCAGCAUGAGAUGCUCUGCCCUGAGAACCUCCUCCGCAGUCCCCCAGAGCACGGUGUUGGCUGAAGCGAUGGGGUUUGCUGUGGAUCCGGCGGCUGAGUGGGGCAGGAAGCCAGGUCACCCACAUCUGGGCUCAGGCAGCGCUCGCCCCGGUGUCAGUCAGCAUUAGGUCGAGCCAGGGGAAAAAUGCUGACGGUUUGCAGUGUAAACACGAGGGCAGUCAAAGCACGCAGGUUUCCAUUCCCACAGUACUGCAGAGUGUCAGCACAUAGACAGAAUAGCUCUAAAUGCCCUCCCACAGAGGGAAGCAGCCAUGGAAAAAGACAGCUGAUGUGCCACAGCCGUACCCACCACCCUGUUUGCAACACCCGUGCAGGGAGACCAGGCAGCAGGCAGGGUACAACGUCCUGCUUUAUUUAACUGAAAGGGCAGCAGCCCUUUCUCUGACACCACUGUCAGCCACAUACAGUGCGCAAAGCAAAAUCAGCCCUGGGGCUGAGCUGGCUGGUUUCUAACAAUCAUACAGAGAAGAGAGCUCAAACCAUACAAACCAAACUGUGCUUUUUGUGACCAUCCUCUACUAGCCCUAUGCAAACAUCCUCGUGUCCAGGCUAACCUGUGCCAAAAGCUCUGAAGUUCAAGUAGGAUGACUGAGAUCACGAGCAAAGAGCCUUUGGCUCAGGACUCCGUCUGAAGGGAAGGAAGGCAGGCACCAGCCCCUGGCUGUUGGGCUGAGCUGACUGUCAAGGGAGUGCUGACAUUUCAGAUGCUUUAGACAAACUCUAAGUUGAAGUAUGGAUAUUACUACUGGAGUGCUGCUGGUUAAACCAGAAUGCACUCCUAUUCCUGGUACUUUCAGCUAAGAAAAAAGUAUAUAAUGGAAGGAUGGUCUCUCUCUGGUUUAUGCUGAAUUCUAGGCACACUUCAGUAAUGCAAUCAAACAGCUAAAAUCUGAAGCACGACAUUGGCUUGUGUCUUCACCUGCUGUUCAGCAAACAAAACAUAAUGUAAAUCACAAAGAUCAACCUCAGCCUCUGCCGGGCUCCCCUGCAGCCCAGUUCCCAAUGUCAGGGUCACACAGCAGCUCUUGGGGUUCGUUAAGGGCCCAGAGCUGCAGCGAAUGAGGCAGUAGGAAGUUAACACUGCACCAAAUCAUGAAAUAAUUCAACCAUUUCACAGCUCAAUCUCUCAAACAGAAAACAAACACCCAAACCCACAAACUGCAUGGACACAGCAAAGCCUGCUUCCAAAAUCAGCAAGCUCUAUGCCU